UCAUUGUACGACUGAGCAGAGCUCUCUGUGUCGCGAGCCCCAGGCGCCGUCGACCCCCCUUCGCCCCGCGCGAAGAAAUGAGUCUGCUGUCGAAGAAGUCCUGGAAUCCGCGAAGCUCGAAAAACCGAGCUCGAGUCGAGAGAGACGAAAGAGAACUGGCCGAGGAAGAGCGCCAAAAAAGAAAAAGAACACAAGAGAUUGAAACAGAGUACCACUCCGAGAGACUGAGAAAGGAUGCAAAGAAACAGAAACCGGCUCGAGGGCCGGAACUCGGCGACCACGCAUGGCCUCCGCCAAAAGCAAACGCAACGAAACCCCACCCUCCAGUGUCUACGUGGGGAAGCGUGACCAAGGGUCUUAUUCCGUGGUACGCGCGGAACAACUCAGAGGAUGCGAGACCAAUCGAUGCGAGGCUGCGAAAGGUGUACGCCAGAGACAACGUUCGCGAUGAUCCGUUCACCCUGAUGGAGAGCAAAGAAGCUGAAGCCAACAAGUCAAAGGACCGAUCUACGCGCUCGAAAAAAGACGCACCCACGGCCUCGUCACCCGACAGAGACCGCCUGCAAAUGGAGCCCGCGAAGACGCAAAUAGAGAAGCUGAGAGAAGAAAGGCUUCGAAGAGAGAAAGAAGAACGCGAAAAGGCCAACCGUUUGUUGACGACGAGUCGCAGAGAGGAGAAUCCAUAGACGCCCCUUCAGCGGUACGGCCUUCGCCAUGUAUUUCCAUGACAAUAUGUACACGGUCGGCCCUCCUUCGCUUGUGUGUGUGAAGCCACCAAAACGGAGGUGGGCCGUCAAACUUUUUGUAAAAUUUCAACCUUUUAUUGACGUACGAAGGCCAUCAAAACGGCUCCAGAAAGCCCUUUAGCUCUAACACUCUUACAGUGAUGAGCGCCAUCAAGUAGAGGCCAAACUGACGAGAAUUCAGACAUCUGGCGUGAAUACGUGCCAGUGUAGACGCCGUUCAGCCGCGAAUCGUGUGACAAGACGACACGCUUGUUCGAGGGUUGUGAAACCUGUGAAUUCCUGGACCUCACUCAAGGCUGUCCAAAUUCGACACCUGUUCACUGUAAGCAGACUGGUGCCUUUUUCGCAGGCACGCGGUCCGCUGUUUUCUGGAUAAAACCUAGCUCUGAGCCA